CGCGUCUGUGUUCGUGUACGUGUGUGCAUGUGUGUGUCCGUAUGUGUCCCCUCCCCAGGGGCAGCCCCUCAGCACCCGCCGGCCCGGAGCCGUCCCGUUCCCUCCCUGGGCCGCAGGGCCGCAAACCCGCCCUGCACAAACACCGCUGGGAUGGGCCGCGGGCCUGCGAUCUCCCUCCCCGCUCUGUCCGCUCCCUGACCCCCCUGCCCUGCUCCCUGCCCCCCCAGGUCCCCUGCCCAGCAGCCUUCCAGGCGCAGGAGCAAUCGGGGCCAAGCCUGGAUGAAAGGUCCCGCCCCAAGGAAUGGCUGCAGAUGUCCACAAGAAGAAAGGCUGGGAAGUGCCCAACGGGUCCCUGGCGCCGGGCGAUGGGCAGCACACGGAGCGCUCCGAGAGCCCCACACCGGGGCUGGCACAGGGGACGGAGCCGGGUGCGGGCCAGGAGGGAGCCAUGUUCGUGCACACCCGCUCCUAUGAGGACCUGACAAGCCCUGAGGACGGGGGGGCUGUGGUGCGGAGCCCCGAGGAGAGGCGAGGGGAGCCGGCCGAGCCCACGAGCAUGGAGCAGAUCAGCAAGGACUUCAGCGAGCUGAGCACACAGCUCACGGGCAUGGCCCUCGACCUGGAAGAGGAGAUGAGACAGAGCCAGGAGGGGAAGCUGGAGCCGUCCCCACAGGCUACCCGCCAUGACUCGGUGCUGUCAGGAAAGGAGGAGGAAGAUGUGACCAUGGACACCUGGCGCAUGCAUCGGAAGCACGUCUUCGUGCUGAGUGAGGCCGGCAAGCCCGUGUACUCCCGCUACGGGUCUGAGGAGGCCCUCUCCAGCACCAUGGGUGUCAUGAUGGCCCUGGUGUCCUUCCUUGAGGCCGACAAAAAUGCCAUCCGGUCCAUCCAUGCAGAUGGCUACAAGGUGGUCUUUGUGCGGAGAAGCCCGCUGGUGCUGGUGGCAGUGGCACGGACCCGGCAGUCAGAGCAGGAAAUUGCCCAUGAGCUGCUCUACAUCUAUUACCAAAUCCUGAGCCUGCUCACCUGGACUCAGCUGAACCACAUCUUCCAGCAGAAGCAGAACUAUGACCUGCGCAGGCUCCUUGCUGGCUCUGAGCGCAUCACUGACAACCUGCUGGACCUCAUGGCCCACGACCCCAGCUUCCUCAUGGGCGCCGUGCGCUGCCUGCCCUUGGCUGCCAGCGUGCGGGAUGCCGUGAGCACCAGCCUCCAGCAGGCCAAGGCCAAGAGCUUGGUCUUCUCCAUCCUCCUGUCGGGGAACCAGCUGGUUUCUCUUGUGAGGAAGAAGGAUCAGUUCCUCCACCCCAUCGACCUCCAUCUGCUCUUCAACCUCAUCAGCUCCUCCUCCUCCUUUCGGGAGGGUGAAGCCUGGACUCCCAUUUGCCUCCCUAAGUUCAACUCCAGCGGCUUCUUCCACGCCCACAUCUCCUACCUGGAGCAGGAGAUGGACCUGUGCCUCCUGCUGGUCUCCACUGACCGCGAGGACUUCUUCACAGUCUCCGACUGCAAGCGGCGCUUCCAGGAGCGCCUGCGGCGGCGAGGAGUGCACCACGCUCUGCAGGAGGCCCUGCGCACCCCCUUCUACAGCGUGGCCCAGGUGGGCAUCCCUGACCUGCGGCACUUCAUCUACAAGUCCAAGAGCUCCGGGCUCUUCACCAGCCCUGAGAUCGAGGCACCCUACGUGCGGGAGGAGGAGAAGGAAAGGCUCUUGGGGCUCUAUCAGUACCUCCACAGCCGGGCUCACAACUCAUCACGUCCCCUGAAGAACAUCUACUUCACGGGCCCACGUGAAAACCUCCUGGCUUGGGUCACCAGCGCCUUUGAGCUCUACAUAUGCUACAGUCCUCUGGGGACCAAGGCGGGCGCCAUCAGUGCUGUCAACAAGCUCAUGAAGUGGAUCCGCAGGGAGGAAGACCGACUCUUCAUCCUCACACCCCAGACGUACUGACAGGCAUUGCCCAGGGCAUGGUGCCUGCAGGAGGACCCCUGCUGUGCUGGGGAGCCCGUCUGCCCGGGAAGCCUGGGCUGUGAGCCAGGGGAGAGGGCACGGGGGACCCUGAGGGCGUGGGGAAACCCACCCGUGGGACUGCCAGACCCGGGUAUGAGAGGUGGGAUGCAAAGCUGCCCCGGCAAUGGGGUGAGCCGGGCUUUUUCUCACCUGCAGGCAGUGCUUCCCUCAUCUGGGGGCUGCCCUUCCUCUGCAGCCCCCAGCUCCGUCCUUUGUGCUGCUGUGCCCGUGGAGGGCAGGUGACACCGCCCAGCUCGGGACAGGGCUGGCUGGGGCACUGCCAGCGCUGCUCUUCUCCCUGCUUUGGGGGAGCUGGGCCAAGCAGCCCCUGAUGGUCCUGGAGCCCUGCCUGGCUGGCUGGGAGCCAGCAGGUUUGUCCCCUUGGCACCUAUGUGUGCCUGGUCCCUGUCUGCCGAGGUCAUGAGAAGGAUGUCCUUGGGGAUGCUGGGAAGCAGGGCAGCAGGGUCCUGCCUGCAGGGACACAGAGCAGCCCCAGAGAGACUUGGGGUACCGGGAUGCUGCUUGGCGUGCUCAUGGUGCUGGCUCCAAAGCAGCAGCUGUGAUGUGCCCCCCCCCGGAGCCCCAGCUGGCAUGGGGCCCUGAUGUGUCUUCAUUGCGUCACGGGGUCCCCUGCCCCCCCAAAAAAAACAGCCCCUCGAGCUGGGCUUGCUGUGCAAGGACCACCUCCUCCCUGCUGUCCCCAGCUGUCCCCAGGCGGCGGCGUGGGGCUGAGCACCCGUCAGCACAGCGCUGGGCACGGCUCCGGGGGUGUCCCCGUGAAGCACAGCCUGACCCUGCGCACCGGGAUGGGUGUUCCGGGAGGAGAAAGCCCCCGCGGUGACACCGAGGGGCUGGCAGGAACCCGGUAGGGCUAGCGCGGGGACUCCGCUCCCUUAUUUAUGCUCCUGCCAGACUGUAGUCGCUUGUCUUUGCUCAUAAACAUUAUCUGAAUCCGAA